AACAAUACGCUUGGUCAAAGAACUAUUCUCAAAUACUCAGACAUCGCACUUCGUAGCGUUCACAUGCACAGUCUCCGCACUACAGUUACAAAAGAAGACAUGUCAGUUGAAGACACUAUGCAGGAGCUUCUCCUCAAGUACAGUAACUUCAAAAGUGUCAGCAAGCGGACUGUGGUUCUGACAGGUACUACUGAAUUACUCGGCGCUCAUGUGCUUGCGCAAUUGGUAGCACGUACCGAUGUUGAGACUGUUUACUGCCUUGUCCGCGCAGAUGACAACCAAGAUGCAGCGCGCAAGGUCACGCAGUCGCUUAUCCAGCGUAAGGUUUACCACAGCUUAUCUCUGAAGGCGCGCGCAAAGAUCAGUGCACUACAUUCCGACUUCUCGGAUGCUUAUCUAGGACUACCCACCGCGACGUACACUACGAUUACUCAGAAGGUGACCAACAUCAUCCACUGCGAGUGGGCUGUCAACCUCAAGUUGGACCUCCAGUACUUUGAAAAGGUCUACAUUGCAGGUUUAAACCAUCUCAUCAAUCUCUGUCUCGCCAGCCUUACCCCAGGACACGCAACUUUCGACUUCUGCUCCUGCGUCAGUACCGUCGCACGGUGCUCAAGCAAAGUAGCACCCGAAGAAGUCGCUCAUUUGGAUUGGGCUCAGGAUACGGGUUAUGCACAGAGUAAGUGUGUCGCAGAGCAACUCUGUGAAGCGGCUGCCCAAAAGAAGGGUAUCAAAGCCCGAGUGCUCCGGGUUGAUCAGAUUGUCGCCGACACUGUUCAUGGUGUUUGGAACAAAUAUGAAGCCAUACCUCUCAUGAUACAAUCAGCACUCACAGUUGGAGUUUUACCUAGGCUGCAAGAGUUCCCGAGUUGGACUCCAGUAGACAUUGUUGCACGAGCCAUUACUGAAAUUUCGCUCAGCGAUGCUGGAGCAAUUGUUGCAAACAUUGCUAAAGCGAAGAAAUUCUCUUGGACGGACGAAAUUCUUCCUGCUUUGCGUCAAGCUAGGCUUAAGUUUGAUGAAGUUGAGCCGCAGGAAUGGGUUGCGCGCCUGCGCAAGUCCAGCGACGACGUGGGUGCAGCCUUCAAGCUGGUAAACUUUCUCGCUUCUGAGUACGACCAGACGAAUUUUGGCUCACCUAUGACCUACGAGACUGCAGUUGCAUGUCAAUGGUCGCCCACUCUACAUCAUACGUCACUACUCGAUGCAUCGUUCGUCAAAACCUUCGUCGACCAGUUCAUGUCCAGUGUUUGGAAGCAGCCUUCCACUGCCAUUGCUGAGAAGAAGAAACAGGUCAUUGUCGUUGCUGGCCCUUGUGGAAGUGGUAAGUCGACCGUCGCAAAGCAUCUCAGCAUCACUCUCAAAGCACCCUUCAUUGAGGGGGAUGAACUGCACUCACGCAGUGCUGUCGAGAAGAUGGCUUCGGGUACUCCGCUUGACGAUGACGACCGUGCACCUUGGCUAAACAGACUGAACAAGCGCGCGCUUGAGACGAUCAACGACUUGGGCUAUGAAAUGGCCAUCGUGUCUUGCUCCGCGCUGAAAAAGCAGUACCGCAACAACUUCCGGGUUCUGGAGCAGCAUCAUGUGAGAGUCAUCUUCUUGGACCUUCAAGCUGAGAAGGACGAGCUCGUGCGUCGGGUUCAGAAUCGUGGCUCACACUUCAUGAAGUCCAGGAUGGUCACCAGCCAACUUGCCAUCUACAGCGCGCCAUCAGAGGACGAGGUGGAUGUUCUGCCCAUAGAUGCUGGCAAAUGUAUCGCGGAGGUCAUUGAAGAAGUCGAGGCUCUCUUAAAGAUGGUAGACAUCUAG